AUGGAGCAAUAUGAAGAUAAAUCAGGUCUAUUAUUAGUUCAACUAAAUCAAUUAUCAGAUAAUAGAUCAAAGAAAGUAUUACAGGGUUUCGUUAAAGAUGUUUUAACUUAUGAAAAAUCAAAAAUUGGUACUCAACUCACAGAUAGCGAAACUGAAUUAGGAGUAUCUAAAUCAUUAGUACAAUCAUCAAAACAACAAAAUAUAUCAUCAACUUAUUUCCUAGAUUUAUGUAAUAAACAUAUAAUAAAUUCAGAAUUUACAAGUAGUUAUUUAUAUUAA